AAUUCAAUUCUAAGGACCCGCUCUUACGCUUGUACUGCGUAAAGUCUCCAUUUCAAGAUUACUUAGCAGAGCGGAAAAGAACCCAGACGCCAUUUUGCGCGGUGGUCGGUUUCUGAGCAGAGCAGCAGUCGGCUUUGGAUAUUGGUCAAACAGAGUUGCAUCGCCCAAGAUUUUUAAGGCUGAGCGGUCGCCCAGUGUAUUUGUCGUUAUACAAAGAAUUACAAAAUGAGGGGGAGUUUCAUGGAUCGCGACCGAGGCGGUGGUGCUGGUAUGUCUCGCUUUCCAAAAUUUGGAAACCCUGGAGAGCGGCUCCGAAAGAAGCGCUGGGAUCUAAACGAGCUGCCAAAGUUUGAAAAGAAUUUCUAUACAGAACACCCUGAAGUGGCACGCAUGACACAGCAUGAUGUGGAGGAGCUCCGUAGGAAGAAAGAAAUUACCAUCCGUGGUGUGAACUGCCCUAAACCUUUAUAUGCCUUCCAUCAAGCAAAUUUCCCACAGUAUGUGCUUGACGUUCUUCUGGACCAGCGAUUUAAGGAGCCCACACCAAUCCAGUGCCAAGGAUUUCCCCUUGCUUUGAGCGGCCGUGAUAUGGUGGGCAUUGCUCAAACUGGAUCUGGCAAGACACUUGCGUAUCUGCUGCCUGCCAUGGUUCAUAUUAACCACCAGCCGUACCUAGAGCGAGGAGACGGGCCAAUUUGCCUUGUUUUGGCUCCAACCAGAGAGCUUGCUCAGCAAGUACAACAAGUGGCUGAUGACUAUGGAAAGACAUCUCGCUUAAAAAGUACCUGUAUCUAUGGUGGGGCUCCUAAAGGACCACAAAUACGAGAUCUGGAGAGAGGGGUGGAAAUUUGCAUUGCCACUCCAGGCAGGCUGAUUGACUUCCUUGAGGCAGGAAAAACCAACCUUAGACGUUGCACGUACCUUGUGUUAGAUGAAGCUGACAGAAUGCUUGACAUGGGUUUUGAGCCACAGAUCCGCAAAAUAGUUGACCAAAUCAGGCCUGAUAGACAAACACUCAUGUGGAGUGCUACUUGGCCAAAAGAGGUGCGCCAGCUAGCUGAGGACUUCUUGAGGGACUAUUCACAGAUAAAUAUUGGAAAUUUGGAACUUUCCGCCAACCACAACAUUCUCCAGAUUGUAGAUGUGUGCCAGGAAAGUGAGAAAGAUCACAAGCUUAUCCAGUUGAUGGAAGAAAUAAUGGCAGAGAAAGAGAAUAAAACCAUUAUCUUUGUGGAAACAAAGCGUCGUUGUGAUGAACUAACCCGUAGAAUGAGGCGUGAUGGCUGGCCUGCGAUGUGUAUCCAUGGUGACAAAAGCCAACAAGAGCGUGACUGGGUUCUAUGUGAGUUUCGUACUGGGAAGGCACCUAUUCUUAUUGCAACAGAUGUUGCUUCGCGGGGUCUAGAAGCUGCAGAUCUCUCUCAGUACAGGGCCAGGGGCCCAUCGAAAAAACAGGGGGAUGAACGCUGGAAGCUGCCCCCCUAAAGGGCACUGGCUUCUUACACUCCUCCCUCGCAAAGGUCUUGUACUGAAGAGGCAAUUUUUGGGUCUGCAACUCCGAGCCCCCUAAGUUACUCACUCCAAUUGGUGGUGCACAAUGCAGUAAUUCCACCCUGAGCACUGAUAUUUGGCUACUUCUACGUCCCAUUUGCCUGAUGAUUCAGUGUCAUGUUCUUGCCCAGCUUUAUUGAAUAGACGGACCACCUUUCUAGAAGGGAGAUCACGCAGAUACUUCCCACUAUGCCAUUUGCUGGGCAACUGUGGGGAAGUCUUUUGGCUGUCAAAGCAGAAGAAUAGCCCUUCUGCCCUUCAUCAGACCUUUUGUGGCUACUUCCUAAACUCUUUAAAACUUUAGUUCCUCCUUUCUCCCUGCGCAUGCAGGAUGUGGCAGUGUGCGGGACUUCCCAUUCUGUCAUGGAGAUCUUAAGCAAGUGAGCACCAUUUUUCCGGCCAUUCCCUUUAACAUGCUAAACUAACGGAGAGCGCAAAAACCUAAUUUGUUCAUCCGAUUUGUUUAAAAGUUACUCUUCCCUCCUAAAUAGGGAGACUAUACUGGUGGAUACAGCUUUGUUCUCCCCCCCCCCUUUUUUUUCACUUUUUAAAUUAAUAUUGUACUGUAAAUUAACCAAACCUGCAGUUCUUGUGAGUGACCUUUCUGUAAUAAGAAACAGACGUUUGUUCACACUUCCCUUUUGUUAAAACCUGAUUAUCAGCUUUGCCCAGUCCCCUUUCAAAAAUUGCAAUAACUGUAUUGAUGGCAGAUGGUGAGUGUUGGAGGAUGGGGGUCUCUCUUCACCCACUGACAGGUUCACAAACUUGGACUUGGGAGAAGGGCUCCCCCACAGAAGUAUCUCGCUCAGCCAGUGCACGUGUUGGGACCUCUUGCUGCGCCUGGACCGUUGAUGCAUGCUCCCUGCUCCGGUGGCCCCUUAUCCAAGGAUGAAGGGCGGUGACACCGCCAUGAGCCAUAAAGACGGGAUUGGCGACUGCUGUUUCCCUACCUCACAGAGGGAGUGUGCAUCGGUCCGGACACCAGCUCUCCUGAGGAAGAAUCCCACUAAGUUUAAUUUUAUUUAUGUUUUUUAGGGCUGGUAAUUGGUAUAUAAUGCUUUAAUGGUUUUCGUUUAUAGUUUUAAGAUUUCAUCUGGUUCAGUGUCGAUCACUGACUCCUACAUCUGAUGUGUGCAGUUAGGGCAUCUGUUACAAUUUACAAAACAACUGUCAGUCAUCUUUUCAUCACCAAUGUUUUCUAAAAUAAUUGUGACGUGUAAAUAGUAUUAUGCACCUACGCACAUAUAAAGCCAUGAUCCAGCUGAAAUUAUCAGUAUUCUGAUUUCUAAAUGAAGACGUAAAAUAAGAAUCAAGAUUAGGGAAGUUUAGGAUUUUAGCACAUCAAUCGCAGGGUAAGGUGUUUGCCUAGACAUUUAAAUGUUUAGUAACUGAAGUGUAGUAGAAAUCAGAAAUAGUUUGAGGCAAGAUUUGUAUACAUUUACUAAUUUUAAUCUUUGUCACUUUUCCUGACGUGUGUAUUUCCUACACGUCUAUUUCCCACUCGAUUUUUAGACGUGGAGGAUAUCAAGUUCGUCAUUAAUUAUGACUACCCAAACAGCUCUGAGGACUACGUACAUCGCAUUGGCCGUACCGCCCGUAGUACUAACAAAGGCACAGCUUACAC